UCAACAUUGAGGUAAUAUCCACCUCUAGUCUUGAUAACACAAGAGUUUUCUCAGGAAAGCUCACCCGACUGGAAGAACAACCAAGCCUAGCCGUCUCUGCUCUUCAUCUCCUUCCUUCCAUCAACCAAUUCUUGCUAAAUCAGCCCCUUUCUCUCUCUAUCGUAUUCUCUCUCUCACUUCAUCCAUCUUUGCUGCCCAGCUAUUUGACGAAGGCGACGGUGACUCGCUCGCUGCCCAGCGAAUCGGUGGACGACGACCGUGACUCGCUCGCUGCCCAACUCAGGGAAUAGGAAUAAGGAAUGAGUUUUAUUAUCUAACGGAGACAUAUCUUCUUCCUCGCAAACGACAGCAAGCAACUCAGGAAAGCUCACCCGACAGGAAGAACAACCAAGCCUAGCCGCCUCUGCUCUUCAUCUCCUUCCUUCCAUCAACCAAUUCUUGCUAAAUCAGAUCUCCAAACCCUAGUUCCCAUGUCGACCAGAAAGAAGCAAUCAGAGGGUAUUGCUAUGCUCUCCAUGUACAACGACGAGGAUGAGGAUGAUGAGAUGGAGGAUGUCGAGGAAGAUGAAAGCAAUCAAGAACAACAACGAGAAUCGCUUCAAGACAACGAUGAUAAAGACCCAAGAGAUGUUGCUGAAGAUGCUUUUAUGGUGGAUAAUGAUAGAACAGUGGCUGGUGAUUCUGGUAAUGAUGAUAAUACACCGCAAGAUGUUAAUGAUGAGAAUUAUACUCCCAGUAAAAAUCAGUUUCGUCCCUCCACACCACAGCAAGCUCAAGUUUCGUUUACCUCGCCCCCGCCACCACAUCAGCACCAGCCGCAUAAUAGAAGGGGAAAGCUUGCGAUUGUCGAUUACGGUCACGAUGAAGUUGCAAUGUCUCCAGAAGCUGAGGAGGGGGAAAUAGAAGUAAGUGAUCGUGUCAUGUAUGGUACAAAUAUACAAUCUGUAAAUGGUGAUUUCCAUGAUAGAACACCUCCUGGAACAGUUCAAAUUCCAACACCUAGUAAUCAAGCAACUCCUCAAUUAUCAGAUCCAUCACAAUCUGAUAAAAUGAAUUAUGCAAUGCAUGAUUCAGAAGUUGGAGGUGCUACGGAGUCUAUGGUAGAAGAACAUAAGGAGGUUGAUCCAUUAGAUAAGUUCCUUCCACCACCACCAAAAGAAAAAUGCUCAGAGGAGUUGCAGAGAAAAAUAAAUAAAUUUCUUGAAUAUAAGAAAGCUGGGAAAAGCUUCAACGCAGAAGUGCGCAAUAGGAAGGACUAUCGGAAUCCAGACUUCCUGCUGCAUGCAGUGAGAUAUCAAGAUAUUGACCAGAUAGGAUCUUGCUUCAGUAAAGAAGUAUUUGACCCUCAUGGAUAUGACAAAAGCGACUACUACGAUGAGAUAGAGGCUGAUAUAAGGCGUGAGAUGGAUAGGAAGGAGCAAGAGCGGAAAAAGAAUCAAAAGGUUGAAUUUCUUUCAGGAGGCACUCAACCUGGAAUUAUUUCUAGUGCAGCCAAAAUUAACUUGCCUGUUCCAGGUUUGAGAAGUGUUCCACCGGUUGCUGGUUCUGGGCUGUUUUCUGCAAUGCCAUCUGCUGAUGCCGUUCCCCGGGAUGGUAGACAGAACAAGAAGUCAAAGUGGGAUAAGAUAGAUGGUGACAGAAGAAAUCCUCUCCCUUCAGUAGUGCAAGAUUCUUUAUCCACUGUCGGAGCUCAGGCAACAAUUUUAUCAGCUGUUAAUGCAGGCACUGGAUAUAUGGCUUUCGCGCAGCAAAAACGGCGAGAAGCAGAAGAGAGAAGAUCCACUGAUAGGAAGUUGGAGAGAAGAUCUUGAUUUUAUCUUAAUAUAUUGUGUUUCUCCAAUAUUUAAUGAUAAACAGAGAUAAUACACAUCCAAUUUUUGAAAUCUAAAGAGGGGAUAAAAGGAUAAUGUAUAUUGUUAGAAUGAAAAUUUACUUCUUCACCUUGUCAUAA